CCGAGCGAGAAGUAGCAGUAAUGGAGGAAACCUAUUUCCUUUUGGGAUUUUUCCACAUCUAAAACGUGAAGGUUCUUCUUCGUAUUCAAGCAAACAGAGCUCACUCUGCUCCUCCAAUUUAGUCUAUUACAUAAUGAUUCUCAAGUUUAUAUUCACGAAAGAGUUGUAAAAGAUUAUUUGUCUUUCAAGAGCAUCUAAGUUUGUGAAUAUUCAAAAUCAAUUUGUCACUGCCGCCGUAAGAUUUCCGGUGAGAUUCAUCACCUCUGCCGCUGACUGCUGCUUGCUGCACUAGCUUACCGCUUUAGAAAAUGAUUCAAUUCCAAUGCUGAUCAGAUUGAGGGCCAUGAUUUCAAUAGAAUACUAAAAGGAUACACGGAGAUAAUCAUAAAAUGGUGUUAAACCUGUGUCUACUAAACCGAAGUUAUUGGAACCGUGGUAUCUUUUCUUCGCUGCCCCGUCUUGAUCUUUUUCGAAACUUCUCUCUCUGGUCAAUGAAGAAAGACCCUGAUCUUGAAUCAGCUCUAUCUCGAAACCGUAGAUGGAUAGUCAACAAUCAGAUCAAAAACAUAAUUCUUAGAUACCCCGAUCAGGUGGCACCUGUAAAGUUCCUCCAGAAAAAGUUCAAGACUCUUGAUCUCCAAGGGAAAGCUCUCAAUUGGCUUAAAAAGUAUCCCGGUUGCUUCGAAGUCUAUUUCGAGAAUGAUGAGCACUACUGUCGAUUAACGAAACGAAUGAUGUAUCUAGUAGAAGAGGAAGAAUCUGUGAAAGAUAUGCAGGAACCACUAUUUGUGGAGCGGUUAGCUAAGUUGUUAAUGAUGAGCUUGAAUCAGAGGCUCAAUGUUGUGAAGCUUAAUGAGUUGAAGAGAAAUUUUGGAUUUCCAGAUGAUUAUUUGAUUAGAAUUGUACCCAAGUACCCAGAAAUUUUUCGAAUUGUUAAUUACAGUGGCAGACGGAGUUCGAUGGAGAUUGAGCUCAUCUCCUGGGACCCUGAUUUGGCAGUUUCUGCAAUUGGAAAGAUUGCUCGAAACCAAGAUGCUGAGCCUUGUUUUUCCUGUUCAUUGCCUUCAACUUGGGUAAAAUCGUGGGAGCGAUUUCGUGACUUUAAUUCAACUCCAUAUAUUUCGCCGUACUUGGAUCCAAGAAGUUUAGUAGAGGGAUCGCAAGAAAUGGAGAAGAGAAUAGUGGGUUUGGUGCAUGAAGUACUGUCACUGACCUUAUGGAAGAAAGUGUCAAUUAUGAAGUUAUGUCAUUUUAGAAGAGAGUUCUGUUUACCAGAAAAGUUGAACGUUUUGCUGCUUAAGCAUCCUGGCAUAUUCUAUGUUUCAAAUAAGUACCAAAUUUACACAGUUCUUCUUAGGGAAGGUUAUAACGGGUCAGAACUUAUUGACAAGGAUCCACUUGUUGUUGUAAAGGACAAAUUUGGGGAAUUGAUGCAAGAGGGGCUUCAUGAAUAUAAUCGAAGACAUUAUUUAAUGAAUUUGGAAAAGAAGAAGAAGGCAGGCAUGAUUUCUGUAAGACCAGAGAAGAGUAAAAAGCAAAACAAUGAAAUGUCUGAACAAGAUGAUCGGGGAGGUGAUAAAAGUGGCAUUUUUGAUCCGGAAGAAAGGAGACGGUUCUAUAAAAUUCUUUUUGAUGACAGUGCCCCAUAAAUUUUUAAUGAAGGAACACCAAAGCCCCAAUAGAAUAGCUACUUCCUGAUGUGGAUGAAAAUGAUAGUAUUGAAGGAGUUUAUGAUAUUAUUAAUUUGAAGGUGUUUGCUGUUAUUAUCAAAUCAGCAGGUGUAAUUGGUCUCUCUGUUCAUAAUAUCUGUGCUGCAGGCACUUAUAUUCACGGGACAAAUCGAACAUCAAAUAGCAUUCUUCCAAUUCCACCAGUGUUCAAUGACACAGAAGAAGGGUGCUUUUGCUGUGUACCUGAAGCCAUGACAUGCUGAUAUAUUAAUGUACAUUUAAGGAAAAACCACGGAAAGAAGCACACUGGGGUUGGAAACUAUUUUAAGCUCUUUGGGUACUGAUCUCUUUUUGGAGAGAGUGCAUAGUAAUGGGCAGUGAUCUAUGUUCUGCCCAAAUAAGGCUCUGGGUUUGGCUGAUUGUUGGGGUGAAGAAUUUGAGAAUUUGUAUACCCAAUAUGAAAGGGAAUGGAAGGCAAAGAAGGUUGUACCAGCACAAAAUCUCUAGUCACAAUGGAACAACUUUACUGUUGUGCUAAGGUCUGCCCUCUUCUGGUGAAUAAGCAUCUUCUUCACAAUUGACUGAUGGAUAUUUGGUCACUUACUCUUGACAAAAUGUAUGGGGAUGGUUCUGUUAAGAAAAUACCAGAUAUUCUUGAUGAGCUGAAAAUUAUUUACAAGACUGUUCUGGUGAAUAAGAAAAGGAUGCCGGUUGAUAUGGCUGUUGUUCGUGGAUGCUACAUAGAUAAGAGUUAAAGUUUAAAUACAUACGUGGACCAACCCAUUUUCGGAAAACUUGUAUUUUCACGCGUGGUCCAAGGAUUUGAAAACAGGGAUGUAUUACCUACAAUCACGUGUUGCAGCUGAUGCCAUCUAGUUUACUGUUGAAACUUUUAUGCCUAAAGAACAAGCCAAGUUGUUGGAUGAUGAUGUGAAGAUCACAGAUGAUUUUUUUUUUUUUAUGGCGUGUUAGGACGGAGCAAGAUUUGGCUUUAAACAGAGCCCCUUUCUUAUGGUGGAGUUGGUGAAAGUGAUACUUCUGAAGGUGAGAGGAUAGGGGUGUCAGAAGUCUGACCAAAUAUUCCAAUGUGAAGUCUAAAUGCCUCUGAACUCUUUGUACAGGCUGCUGGUUAGCUAACUUAGCUUGCUGAUCAUGAAUCGGGCUACAGUUGGAUCUUGUUGAGCUCAGCUCUCAGGUCAAGCAGUGGGCAUACAGCCGCCACCUGAACCUGCCCACCAAUGAGAGUACUUGUCCGGCUGAACAGUGCCUAAACGGCUCCAUUGAGGAUUGGACAAUCCAUUGUUCUUGUCAUGCUUUGUUUGUUCAUUUGGGGAAGAAAAGAUUUUGUUCAAUGAGAAAUGCUGCCUCUGAAGAGUCCGUUGGUGUUCAUUGUGGAUUAAUUAGGAGCCAUUGAGGAUUGGACAAUCCAUUGUUCUUAUCAUGCUUUCUUUGUUAAAGAUUUUGUUCAAUGAGAAAUGCUGCCUCUGAAGAGUCCUUUGGUGUUCAUUGUGGAUUAAUUAGGACUGUUCAAGUUUUUGACAACUUGUGUUUUAAGACGUUGAGGUCUACUAUGUGUCUUUGAAUAUAAGGGAUUUUAAUUGUACAACACGAGUUUGGCCCCAAUUGAAUAUUUUUAUGUACAUCUCUACCAAGAAGUAAAUAUUGGAUCCAAAACUGUAGAUGAUCGAGUGAUAUUGGACAAGCAAGGUUGAUAAAUGAUUUAUGGUUCAAGGAUAUUAA